AAUGUCAUUAUAUGUCCAGUUCCUGGUCUCGCCAUUGUCAAACAUACAUUCAUUCACUUGCAUUUAUUUGAAAUACGAUUGCCAUGGAGAAUAUUGAUGAAGUUUCAGCAGUACUAAGAGAGCUUGAAGAAGCAUUGAAGAACAACAGCUUGACCACAGCUGCAGGCAAGAUUCAAGAUUAUUUGAAGGAGAUUAAUAAUGUGGAGCUGAAUAUUGCUGUCACCGGAGAGACAGGAUCCGGUAAAUCUACCUUUGUCAAUGCAUUCAGAGGCAUGAAGAAUAAUGAAGAAGGAGCUGCUCUAACUGGUGUGGUGGAAACCACCAUGGAGGCAAAGGCUUACCCCCACCCAAAAUACCCAAAUUUGAAAGUUUGGGAUCUCCCUGGCAUCGGCACCGCUAACUUCAAACCAGAAGAGUACCUUCAGAAAGUUGAAUUCGAUCGCUUUGAUUUCUUCAUCAUAGUCUCAUCAGAGCGAUUCAGAGCCAAUGACAUUACUCUGGCCAAGGAGAUCCAGAAGAUGAAGAAGAAGUUCUACUUUGUUCGCUCCAAGAUAGACAACGACAUGAGGGCUGAGGGGAGAAAAGAGAAGUUUGACCAGGAUAAGACACUGGAAACAAUCAGACAAUACUGCAUCAAAGGGCUUGAGGAUCAGGGUCUGGGCUCUCCUAAGGUCUUUCUCAUCUCCAGUUUUGACCUUGGUCACUACGAUUUCCAUGACUUUGAGGAGACAAUAGAGAAAGAGCUUCCUGACCACAAGAGGCAUGUACUACUGUUGUCCAUCCCUAAUAUAACCCUGCAAAUCAACCAGAGGAAAAAGGAGGCUUUCAAAGCCAACAUAUGGAGACUAGCUUUUGUAUCUGGCUUUGUGGCAGCAAUACCUAUCCCAGGCCUUUCCUUUGCUGUAGAUGUAAGCAUCUUGGUAAUUGAGAUCAAGAAGUACUAUAAUGCUUUUGGUCUUGAUGAUGAGUCCCUGCAGAGGCUAGCUAACAGAAUGAAUGUGCCAGUGGAGGAGCUGAAAGCAGUCCUCAAGUCACCUCUGAACAAAGAAAUAAACAAAGAUGUGGUUGUCAAGUUGCUUCAAAGUGCAGUUCUCGCAGGGGUAACGGUGGUUGAGUACCUGUUCAGUAACAUUCCUAUUGUCGGCAGCUUAGCUGCCGCAGGGAUUUCCUUUGGUACAACCUACUACAUGUUGAGGAAGUGUCUGAACGAGCUGGCUGAUGAUGCACACAAUGUUCUGAUGAAGGCACUGGCCAAUGAGUGAGAUAAUGUUCAAUAUUGAAUUGCAAGCUAGAUCUGUGUUUGCGUUCUUUCUUGAAUACUGUCUUCAAACAAGGAAAUGCUGAUAAGUAGAUAAUUAAAUUAUGCUGCUUGAAAAUAAAUGUUCAAAUGUAAUUGAUCAAUGGGACAGUAAGGUCACAAUAGUUUUAAUAUAGGUUAGCACAAUAUAACCUUACUGCAUUAGAUGGGAAAUUCAUAUUGGGAUCUACAGCUUUUUACUCAGUAAAUUUACUCUGAAAAUAUAUAUUCACAGAAAAUACACCUGCUUUUACAAUUUAACUCCAGUAUAAUCUAAUCCUAGCCUUUUGAUAACCAAAUGGGAUGUGCUUUGAAACAAUUGCAUGAUAUUUGAACAUGACUCCCUCUAGAAAGUGGAUUUGAAAAUAAUCCUAGUUUAGAAUGAACCAGUGUUAAUUGUCUAUAUAUAAAUUGUGGUUUUACCCAACAUUACUCAUUCAGUACAUAUGUUCUACAUGAGAACAAAUUAUUGACCAGUUUCCUGUGUUCUCUUCUGAAUCACAUUAAUCUUUAUCUAAAACCGUCACUCUUUACUUUCCCAUAUUAACUAGUGCAAUAUUGCAGUUCAUGAGCAGACCGCCAGAUGGUAGUAUUUAGCUGGUCAACAGUUUUAGUGUUGGUCAUGCAAGGCAGUAGAUGGUAAUGAAAGGAAUACCUAGUCAUUUGUACAACUGAAAUGUGUCUUCCGCAUUUAGCCCAACCCCUCUGAAUCAGUAGAUGUAAACUAUAAAUAAAACACGAGGUUCAGUAAUGCACAUGACAUAUUAUAGAUCUGUGUACUCUAAAUAGAGGGUUUUAUGAGCCUUACAGCAGUUAGAGGCACUGACAGAACCUUAUCAAGUACAAAAACGUCUCUCGAUCUAUAACAUCCCACUCAAUGAACAAUAGUUACACUUACUGGAUGUUGUCACUCCACUGUUUAAUUAUUACCCUUCAGUCCUUUCUGGGUUGGUUUUUAUUAUCUAUUUACUUUUCAAAACUUAAACCCUACAUAUUAAUAAAUGACAUUGAAGGCGUUUGUCUCUCCAAAGGUAGAUUUGACUAGACGAUCAUAUUCACUUCUCCUGCUGUAAACCUUUCUCCCACACCCUGUAGGUGCUUUACGAGAGGGUACACUCCACCACUGGAAAGAAGCUGUCGGAGCUCAAAGUGCACGGUAUGCUAAGGGAGACAACGUGUCCCAAUGCUUGGCACUGUGGGAAUGUCUUCACUACUACCUACUGACCUCCGCACUUAACAGCCUGAGUCAGGGCGUAGCACUUGAGAAACCUGUCACUGAGUAGACCGAUGGUCAGUUAUUUCAAAUAUUUUACCACUCACUAAAAAUACAUGCAAAAGGGUUGAUCGGACAUUGUUUUUUUAUAUUUUGCGUAAUGAAAUAAAUGCAGAGUGACAUUUACUGCUUUUGUGACAGGUUAAAGGACAUAUUCAUAGCCUGUUAUACAUUGAAAAGUAUUAGUAAGUUCAUAGUAUGUGAGGAUCUUAAAACAUCUAAGGUUAAAAAGAUGCAUUCAGUAUUAGUUGAUAGAGAUUGAUAACAUUCAUAUAAUUGUGUUAAAGUUCAAAUCUGUCAAAGGGUACGAAUUGUGAGAGUAAUGUGUAAACGUUAUAUUGAUUACUUUAUUUUGUGGUGCCUAAAAGUGUUAAUCUGUGAUCUACGAAAUGCUCUUAAGCUUAUGAGCCGGAGAUCGAUUGCUCUGGUCUCCACGCAUAUUCCUGGGGAAAUUCGCGGUCUUUUCUCAUUGAACUAAAUGUUGACUUGAGAAUACAACACCGUAUCACUCUCGUGAUUAUUUCUCCCCUGUUUUCAGGUACUUUAUUGAUGAUAAAAAUAGUAAUUUAAAUGUUAUAACUAGCGAACAUGUCAAGAGUGUUUAAGGUGUGUUUUAGUAACGUCUUGAGGAAGUUAGAGUUAAGUUUGAAGAGAGUAAUAUUAGCCCUGCUCGGUUGAAGUGAAGAAUAGCGUCGUACUGAGAGUAGCUGCCAUUUUAUGUCGAUUGUGAAUGAACAUGCGUGUUGUUAAUAAGAUAUUUUGCUGUGUUAUUUGUAUAAUGGGUUUUCUGUUAUGUAAUGUGUUACUUUUGUGAAAUGAUUGAACUAAAUGUUGACUUGAGAAUACAACACCGUAUCACUCUCGUGAUUAUUUCUCCCCUGUUUUCAGGGGCGUAACACUUUCGGGGUUACUUAUUUACACCAGUGAAUUCAAUCAUUGUUAUUAUGAUGUAUGAUGAGUGUGAUUUCAUUGUUAUGACUUUCUCUUUACAUUGAUCAAAAAUAAAUGUUCAAUGUUCAACA